ACUUAAACUUCAGAUUUAUUGAUAAAUUGCACUAAUGACUAAUGAUAGAUAGCACAUUUUGAGGGCACGCCCACAUCUGACAUCUUCGCUCUUGGUCUCGUGAUAAAAGGCUUUACGUUGACGCUGCUUGUCACUUUAUGUGUUCAUGUGCUGUUUAUUUGGUAAAUGAUUUGAUAUUUGUGAUACAAUCACGACAGCUGUUAAAAGAAGAUGUUGUCUCGUCUUCUGAAGGAGCACCAAGCGAAGCAAAAUGAGCGGAAGGAGCUGCAGGAGAGACGCAGACGAGAAGCAAUUGCUGCAGCCACCUGCCUCACUGAAGCCCUGGUAGAUCAUCUCAACGUUGGUGUCGCCCAGGCAUACGUAAACCAGCGCAAACUGGACCAUGAGGUGAAGACUCUCCAGGUGCAGGCGUGUCAGUUUUCCAAACAAACUGCUCAGUGGAUCAGCAUGGUGGAGGGUUUCAACCAAGCCUUAAAGGAAAUUGGGGAUGUGGAGAACUGGGCCAGAAGUAUUGAGAUGGACAUGAGGACGAUCGCCACAGCUCUGGAAUAUGUACACAAGGGUCAGCUUCAGUCCAGUUGCUCAUAAAAGUUGCAUCGUGUGUUAGACAUUUACAGCUGAAACUAGAAUCUGCCCAGUUGAACUGUAAUAGCAAAGAAAUGACUUUGCUCCUCUGGGUGUCCCUCUAAGGAGACCGAGACAUUUUGCAGUACUGGUAUUAUAGGAAUGAGCUCGCAGUAGUGUUGGAGAUGCAUCAGUUUAAGGUCUGGCAGGAGGUGUCUUAAUGUAACAUUUUUUGGCAUUAAGUUAUUAUUGAACAGAGGAAGACAUGUCACAUGUAAAGACUUGCAGAUUUAAGAGGUACCCAAAAUAUUUUUUUUUUACCUGUCCUCUUGUUUGAAGUAUUUCUUUAAAAGCCUUUGAUGGGACAGCUUUGUGUUCAGGACUUCUUACCUAAAAUUUGCUUGUCUGUUCAUAUCCAUCUCAAGCCAACGCACAGCAAGGAAAGUACUUUUUUCUGUUGUUUCCGUUUAGUCAUGUCCUUGUUUUUAAUAAACAUGAAAAAAACUA